GGAGGGACCCGAGCGCGCUGCUAGGCCGGGGGAGCCGAGGAACCGGCGCCCGCGGGGCAGAGCGGCGGGCGGCGGAGGCUGCCCUGCGAGCCGGGGAGAGGCGGCGGGAGCGCGGAGCGAGGGAGCGCGGGGUCGCGUGGAGCUCGGGCUCACCCAGCCCGGAGGGCCGGCCCCGAGCCGGUCUUCUGCCCGCCCGAGGAGGCCAGGGCGGACACAUGGCCUCGCCCUUGCUGCCCGCGGGGGCCACCACGGGCGACAGCGGCGGAGAGCUGAGCUCGGGGGACGACUCCGGGGAUGUGGAGUCCCUCCCGAGUCCCGAGCUCGAGGCGUCCAGGAGCCUGGCCGAGCUGUUCGAGAAGGCUGCGGCGCACCUCCAGGGCCUGAUGCAGGUGGCCAGCAGGGAGCAGCUCUUGUACCUGUACGCCAGGUACAAGCAGGUCAAAGUUGGAAAUUGCAAUACUCCUAAACCAGGCUUCUUUGAUUUUGAAGGGAAGCAAAAAUGGGAAGCCUGGAAAGCCCUUGGCGAUUCGAGCCCCAGCCAAGCGAUGCAGGAGUAUAUCGCAGCGGUUAAGAAAUUAGAUCCAGGGUGGAAUCCUCAGUCACCAGAGAAGAAAGGAAAAGCAGCAAAUACUGGUUUUGGUGGGCCAGUUGUUAGUUCUCUGUAUCACGAAGAAAUCAUCAGGGAAGAAGACAAAAACAUAUUUGAUUACUGCAGGGAAAACAACAUUGACCAUAUAACCAAAGUCAUCAAAUCGAAAAAUGUGGAUGUGAAUAUGAAAGAUGAAGAGGGCAGAGCUCUACUCCAUUGGGCGUGUGACCGAGGGCAUAAGGAGCUAGUCACAGUGUUGCUACAAUAUAGAGCUGAUAUUAACUGUCAGGCUGUCCUGCUGCCGGCCAGGCCAAGUCUGCCCCUCCUGCCCAAGGCCACCAAGCACGCUGCUGCCGGCAGAGUCUUCCCCACAUUGCUGCUUGUUAUGUCGUCGGCCUGGUCAGAGCUCUCCCAUGGCUGCACUGUCAUAGGAUGAAUUCCACUCUGUAGAUUUUAACUCAGAGGUCUCCAUCAUCGCAGGAAAAAGGUGAGAAAAGUAUAAAGGAGUAAUUAAAAGCAUGUGUAAUUCUAUUACAUGUGUGUGGAGAGGUAGGAUAUAAAAGUUUUUUAGUAUUUACUAUGUACCAAGCAUUUUAUGUGUGUUGUCUCUUUCAGUCAUCAUAUCAAUCCUAUAAUGUAGAUUUAUUAUUAUCUGCAUUUAAGUGACAAAGUCUAGAUUUGAACAUGUCAUUCUGACUUCAAAGCCCAAAUCCUUAACUUCUCUACUGUAAAAUCUGAGUACAUUUUGUUCUCAUCUUUAUUUUCUCUAAUUACGUGUACAUAACAUUUUUAAAAAUAGUUGGUACAGUAUUGUACAUAGAGUAGUUUUCCUUCAUUAAUUAAAAUAAUUGGGAUAUAAAAUACAUUCAGUGAGGUAUGUAUAGUACAAAAAUCUUAAGGAUACAACUUAAUGCAUUUGAGAGAGAGAGAGAGUAAAUA